AUGGAUAAGAAUGUGCCUUCAACAAAGAAAACUCCAAUCAAGGUAGAACUUCCUUCAACCUCUCUGGAUGCUGUAGAAAGAAUGGGACUUCAAUCAAGGCAGAACUUUCCUCAACCACUCUGGAUGCUUUGGAAAGAAAAGGACUUCAACAAAGAAAACUCCAAUCAGAACUUUCCUCAACCUAUUUGGAUGUUGUGGAAAGAAUGGGACUCCAAUUCAAUCAGAACUUCCUUCAACCUCUCUGGAUGCUGUGGAAAAAAAAGGACUUCAACAAAGAAAACUCCAAUCCAAUCAGAACUUCCUUAA